CUUCCCGCCACUUUUGCAGUCCACUAGAUCGUCGUCGUCGUCUCAACUUUCUCUCUCUAAACAUGUUGUGGGUGGACAAGUACCGACCAAAAACCCUAGACAAAGUCAUUGUACACGAAGAAGUGGCCCAAAACCUCAAGAAACUGGUCACGGAGCAAGAUUGUCCGCAUCUGCUGUUCUAUGGGCCAUCUGGUUCCGGCAAGAAAACCCUAAUUAUGGCCUUACUCAGACAGAUGUUUGGACCUGGUGCUGAGAAGGUGAAGGUAGAGAACAAGACUUGGAAAGUCGAUGCUGGAACUAGGACUCUUGAUCUAGAGCUUACAACAUUAUCAAGCACCCACCAUGUGGAGCUGAAUCCCAGCGAUGCUGGUUUUCAGGACAGAUAUAUUGUUCAAGAGAUAAUUAAAGAAAUGGCAAAGAAUAGACCAAUUGACACAAAAGGGAAGAAGGGGUUUAAAGUACUGGUGCUCAAUGAGGUUGACAAGCUCUCUAGAGAAGCCCAGCAUUCUCUGCGGAGAACAAUGGAGAAAUAUAGUGCAUCAUGCCGUCUAAUUCUAUGUUGCAACAGCUCUUCAAAGGUUACUGAAGCAGUCCGUUCACGGUGUCUGAAUGUGCGAGUAAAUGCACCAACCGAAGAGCAGAUUGUUAAGGUACUGGAUUUCAUUGGAAAGAAAGAAGGCCUGCAACUUCCAUCUGGAUUUGCUGCCCGUAUAGCAGAAAGAUCAAAUCGAAGUUUAAGGAGAGCUAUAUUGUCAUUUGAGACUUGCCGUGUUCAACAGUAUCCUUUCACUAAUAACCAAGCCAUACCCCCAAUGGAUUGGGAGGAAUAUGUUUCUGAAAUAGCGUCCGACAUAAUGAAGGAGCAGAGCCCCAAAAGGCUGUUCCAGGUUCGAGGAAAGAUAUACGAGCUACUCAUCAAUUGCAUUCCUCCUGAAAUUAUUUUGAAGAGGCUGCUUUUUGAACUAUUAAAGAAACUGGAUGCUGAACUAAAGCAUGAAGUUUGUCAUUGGGCUGCAUAUUAUGAACAUAGGAUGCGCCUUGGACAGAAAGCUAUCUUUCACAUUGAAGCAUUUGUAGCCAAGUUCAUGAGCAUUUACAAGGGUUUCCUCAUUGCAACAUUUGGCUAAAGUCUAUUUUCCCAUUAGCCGCUACAGUAUCAUUUCCUUUCUUAUUGGAGAUCCUAGCAGAUGCCCUUUUUAAUGUCAACUUCCUAUUUCAUUAAGCGUGCUCUAUGUAUUGCUUUUUUCUUUUACUUGGUAGGCUCUCUAUGUAAUAUUGAGGACUUGAGCAUUCAUCGAUGUAUUAUUUGUUCUUGUUGAAAAGAUAACUGAUGAGAAAAUUCACCAACUUCU